UCCGCCGUCCGGCAUGGCCGGCGGUGGCACGGCAGGCCAGUCGGCCUAUCAGCAGCCGGCGCCGCAGCCGCAGCCACAGCAACAGCAACAGCAGUCUCCGCCUCCGCCCCCCUCGGGCUCGGUGCAGCCACGGCAACAGGCGUCGCGUGGCGGCAGUCGGGGCAACUCCGCGCCCACAGGAAUCGCCAACUCGCGUCAGGUGUUCGCCAUGCCCGAGUGUGCCAUGUGCAACCUGACCGUGUACAUGGACAGGGCGCUCGUCUGUCGCCACGUUAAGCCGAGGUUCACCGCAAACGAGAUCACCGAGGUCGUGUUUGACAUGAUCUCUUCGGCCAUCGACAAGAACUCCAUUCGGUAA